UGUGGCGCCGUCUCACGCGCCCUGCCGUGUCGCCCGCAGGAGCUGUGCGCCCAGCCGCAGUUCGUGGCCGGCGGAGCCACUCGCACCGACAUCUGCCAGGGCGCGCUGGGAGACUGUUGGCUCUUAGCAGCGAUCGCAUCUCUCACCCUCAAUGAAGAAAUUCUUGCCCGCGUCGUUCCCAAAGAUCAGAGCUUCCAGGAAAAUUAUGCCGGCAUCUUCCACUUCCAGUUCUGGCAGUACGGGGAGUGGGUGGACGUUGUGGUGGACGACCGGCUGCCCACCAAGAACGGCGAGCUGCUCUUCGUGCACUCGGCRGAGGGCAGCGAGUUCUGGAGCGCCCUGCUGGAGAAGGCCUAUGCCAAGCUGAAUGGCUCCUAUGAGGCCCUUUCUGGGGGCACCACCACUGAAGGCUUUGAGGACUUCACUGGCGGGAUUGCAGAAUGGUAUGAGCUGCAGAAGGCACCACCCAACCUCUUCAGAAUCAUUCAGAAGGCUCUCCAGAAAGGCUCUCUCCUCGGCUGCUCUAUUGACAUUUCCAGCGCGGCCGAGACGGAGGCCGUCACUUCCCAGAAGCUGGUCAAGGGACACGCGUACUCGGUGACAGGCGCGGAAGAGGUGAACUUCAGAGGCAGCCUGCAAAAGCUCAUCCGAAUCCGCAAUCCUUGGGGGGAAGUGGAGUGGACUGGGAAGUGGAACGACAACUGCCCCAACUGGAAUGGCGUUGACCCUGCGGUGCGGGAGCAGCUGACCAGGAGACAUGAAGAUGGGGAAUUUUGGAUGGCUUUCAAUGACUUUCUGAGACAUUACUCCCGCCUGGAGAUCUGCAAUUUGACUCCAGACACCCUGACAAGUGACAAGUACAAGAAGUGGAGUCUGAUGAAGCUGGAUGGGAACUGGAGGCGAGGAGCCACUGCAGGGGGUUGCAGGAAUUAUCCAGACACUUUCUGGAUGAAUCCGCAGUACUUAAUCAAGCUGGAGGAAGAAGACGGGGAUCCUGAUGAUCCUGAGAAGGGCUGCACGUUCCUUAUCGGCCUCAUUCAGAAGCACCGCAGGAAGCAGAGGAAGAUGGGAGAGGACAUGCACACUAUUGGCUUUGCGAUCUAUGAGGCAAGUAGGGCAUUUUCCGGGCAGACGAACGUUCAUCUGAGCAAAAACUUCUUCCUGACCAACAAAGCGAGAGAGAAGUCGAACACCUUCAUCAACCUCCGGGAAGUGCUGAACCGGUUCAAGCUCCCCCCGGGCCAGUACAUCAUUGUGCCCUCUACCUUUGAGCCCCACAAGAACGGGGACUUCUGUCUGCGAGUCUUCUCCGAAAAAAACGCAGAUUCCAAGGUUAUAGAUGAUGAAAUUGAAGCCACUUUUGAAGAGACGGAGAUCAGUGAAGACGACAUUGAGCCCAGCUUUAAGAAACUCUUUGGGCAGCUAGCAGGAACUGAUGCAGAGAUCUCCGCCUUCGAACUGCGCAGUAUCUUGAAUAAAAUCAUGGCCAAACGCCAGGAUAUUAAGUCGGACGGCUUCAGCAUUGAGACGUGCAAAAUAAUGGUGGAUCUCCUGGAYAACGAUGGGAGCGGGAAGCUGGGGCUGAAGGAAUUCCACACACUCUGGACAAAGAUUCAGAAAUACCAGAAAAUUUACAGAGAAAUUGAUGUGGAUCGAUCUGGUACCAUGAACUCAUAUGAGAUGAGGAGAGCACUGGAAACAGCAGGGUUCAAGCUGAGCUGCCAGUUGCAUCAAGUGAUCGUGGCUCGCUUUGCGGACGAGGAGCUCAUCAUCGACUUCGAUAACUUUGUCCGGUGCCUCAUUCGGCUCGAAACGUUGUUCAAAAUGUUCAGAAAACUGGAUACGGAGAAAACUGGAGAAAUAGAGUUGAACCUUGUCACUUGGCUGUGCUUUACUGUCAUUUGAAGCCCUGACAGCAGCUGAGGACAUCUCAGAAAGAUCAAGAUCAUGUAGGGAUAAUCAUGCCAUAUAUAUAUCAGGAAAAAAAAAUAGCGCAUGUGCCUUAAAUUAUGAAUGGGAACUUCUCACAGUUAAGGAAGCAGAGUUCCAGUUCAGCAAUGGAAGCUGCUGCAGCCUCAUUUCACACUUAGGACAGUCUUUAUCUACUAUUAUAGAUCAUCUGUCCAAAAGCUUUAAUAACUUAGUAACUUUUGAA